CAUGCUGUAUCAACUUGUCAUUGUUUGUGUCAAGAGGACACUUGUUAAAAAUUGUGAAUUUAGGAUUUAUUAACUUGUUGUCAUAAACGUUUACUUUAAAUGUGGGAAGAGUUUUGUAGUGAUACAAUUUGUCCGCUUUAUUGUGACGGCAUGUGAUAAACAGUUUCCGGUUAACCAGCCCAUCUGCGAGUAUACCCCGAUAGUGAAAUAAAUCACGCAAUUCAUUCCUAAAGUAAACUUGUUUUACGAUCAAGUUUUAUCUGGUAGCGAAAUACUAUGAGUGCCACUCACAAGGGGCAAACCACAUGUCACAAGACAGAUAAAAUAUAUGGAACCAUCGAAAAGCUUCCGCCUGGGACGAGUAUACUGUUUUGAGCUAUGUACGUCGGUGGAAUAUAUCGGACAAUUUAUGUUUUCGUCACGGUUCAUCACCUGAUGGCCGCCCAGGCAGCAGCCCCUAACGUUAGAGACAAUCUGAUUAAAAUGGUGGGGAAGAAUGAGCAGGUUCCCCCAGGGGGUAAGGACAACCCCUUCCUACAGGAGUUUCUGGAUAUUCACUCCCGGCCUAAAGUGGUGCUUGAGACCAGGGAACACUCAAUGUUUAACCUCAAAAUGGACGAGAGUUUCGAGUUUAAGCCUCCGAUCCGAAAGGCGCCGUUUUCAUCAACCGGCGAACCUUGGCCCAUGCCGGCCAAGUAUGUUUCCAACAAGGAUAAAUUACUGCAACUGAAUACUGCAUCAUUCAAGCUUAAAAUCUUAAAUAAAAACUGUGAUAUUUUAGAAGACGCAAUAAAAAGGUAUACAAACCUCAUUUCUAGUCAUGUUCCUGAGGAGCACUAUGAGUUCAUCUAUAACUUCGACGAAAAAACACGUGCAUUUCGGGAACACGAAAUGCAGGAUAAAUACCAACACGUGACAGAAAUGGGAGAUUUGGAAAUACACGUGGAAAAUGAGGAAUGCCGAUACCCGCACGUGCAAAUGGAUGAGUCAUACAAGCUGGUUGUGAAAGAGGGUGUAUGUAAGCUGUCCGCGGACCGGGUCUGGGGUGCUCUUAGGGGACUGGAAACCUUCAGUCAGCUCCUCUUCCGCAAGUUCAACACAUCGCAGGUGUACGCAAAGGAGACGGAGAUUGAAGACAAGCCAAGGUUUCCACACCGAGGCAUCCUGAUCGACACCUCCAGACAUUACAUACAUAAACAUGUCAUCAGGGACGUUCUGGAUGGUAUGGCAUACACUAAGCUGAACGUGCUUCACUGGCAUAUGGUAGAUGACAACUCGUUCCCCUACCAAAGCGAGGUCUACCCCAAACUCAGUGAAAAGGGAGCUUACCAUCCAACACUUAUUUAUUCACUGAAAGAUAUACGAGAGUUAGUCGAAUACGCUAGACUGCGAGGUAUACGUGUUGUUCCGGAGUUUGACUCCCCAGGUCACUCAUUUUCCUGGUUUGGCUAUCCAGAAAUUAAGAGCACGUGCUACACGAGGAAUGGCAAAGCGGUGCGAGGACCGAUUGGUCCCAUCAACCCCGCCAAGAAUGAGACAUAUGAAUUCAUGUCGAACCUCUUUAAUGAGAUCUUUGACGUUUUUCCGGAUGAGUUUGUUCACCUCGGAGGAGACGAACUUCAUGAUUCCUGCUGGGCAACUAAUCCCACAAUAACAGCAUAUCUGGAAGAAUUCGGAAAUAUUCCACAAGUAGAAGCUAGAACAAGUAAUGUUCAAAAUUACAUCAACAAAGCCAUAGGAUUUUACUUCAGUAGAUUAAUAAAAACACUGAAAGACACUGCGGAACAAAAACAGCAGAGGAAGAACUUUAUAAUGUGGGAGGACGUUCUUAGAAACACAGAGAAGGUUCCGAGCGAGUCCAUCUUACAAGUGUGGAUGGGACAGCCUUCAAAUGUUCGAGUCCUAAACUCUAAGGGCUACAAGGCCCUGUACUCGUCCUGUUGGUACUUAGAUAACAUAGAACAGUAUCCAAUGUGGUCAAAGUACUACGAGUGCGAUCCAUCUCCAUACAGCAGUGAUGCAGAGGAGAAAGGUCGUUUGUUGGGCGGGGAGGCGUGCCUGUGGGCGGAGUUUAUCACCACGGAUACACUCAUGACAAUGAUGUGGCCGCGGUCGUUGGCGCCUGCCGAGAGGUUGUGGAGUCCUCGUAACGUCCGUGACAUCGGCAGUGCUGCGAGGAGGAUAGAAGAACAGAGGUGCAGAAUGAUCAACCGUGGUCUUGCAACUGGUCAUAUAUCAGGACCAGAUUACUGCAUCAGACCGAAUGGAGAGUACUUGAGGAAAACUAGUGAACAUACUGCUGAAAACAAAGUCCCUGGCGUAUUGGACAGAGUGUUAAAUGUUGGACAAGCCCUCGAUCUGGGUGCCGAAUACUCGCUCAACGACUCGCCUAGCGAGAAAGGGGGUCGCGUGCCAUUGGUCGUGUUCACAAAUUAUUAUAACUACUUACCAUUCGUGAAUAUCGUGCUGUCUCUGACCGGCAUCUACCUCCUUUUAAUGGCAUCUAAGUGCUUUAGACAACGACGGAAUAACUUAUAGAAAAAGCAAAUUAUUUAUAUAUAUUUAUUAUGUUAUCAUUAUGUAAUUAUUUAUGGUGUAUUGCGUCUUGUUCUAAUUUAUUUCUUUUGUUUGUUAUAAUAUAAAGUAUAUGUAAGAAGAUAUUAAAAGGUCUUUGUUCCCAUGUUUUAAUGGGCCUGUCUCGUAUGUGUGUAUGGGUCGUUAAAGAUAUUUUGUGCUUUUGAAUUGAGGGAAGCUUUGUUAUAAUUGUGAAUUUAUUUUAUUUAUUUGUUUUGAGCAUAAUGAUAUGUGUAGAUAUUUCAAAUUAACAAACCUAUUUUGUUAUCCGUUUAUUGUCUAGAUCACUGUAAGUGGUUGUUAUUUAAAAUGGUCCCAGCCUUCCAAAGGCUGAGUGGAUAUUUGUUAACAUGGUAGUUUUGUAUUAUAACUUUAAACAUCAGUUAAUUGUUUUAAACGGUUGCUGUUAAAAUAUGCCUUUGUUUCAUAAAAUGGAAUAAAAACGAAUCAGUAUCACAAAUAUAGUUAUUGUAUAAAACAGUGAUUUAACAUGUGUUCGUAUACUGGGAUACAUAUAAAAAGAAGUUUAUAGUAUUUGUUAUACGAUUCCUCGUUUACUUCAUUUUACCAAUGUUUGAUGUAUGUUCGCUCCAAUUAUAGAUGGCAGAGUCUCAAAAUAUUUAAAGAUUUUUUACCUGAUAGCCUUGUUUUUUAAAGCACAUGUACUACACUUGAAGAAUCUUUGUUUCAUUGAAUUUUGACCCAAAAUCGUGACAGCUAGAUUGUUGAUAAUUUGUUUUCAAUGUCAUAGAUACCUAGUGUUUUACAAAUCACUUCAGCCAACUUGGGCCUUUGGGUUUUUAACAAAACAGGUUUGGCCAAUAGAUCUUCAUUUUGACCGCAAAAGGCCCAGUUUUGAGCUUGACCUAUAUUAAUAGAACAAUCCUUCUGACAAAGUUUCAUCCGAGCAAAAGUGGAGUUAACAAGGGUUCUAUUGCAGUCAAACUUGUGUGACCUGGCUUCGCACUCUUACGAUCAAGUAUCGAAUCACAAUAGAAAUGAUGUGCAAAAGUCGAUGACAUGUACUCUGUUGCUGUAUCAUGGCACACGAAGGUCGAGAUGGGAGACAAGGAUAAAUUCAUUGCGGCUUUCACAACCAGCCUGAGGCUGUACCUCUUCAGUGUAGUGUCAGUUGGGUCCUGGCUGUAUCUAGACGACCAUUACACCGGGCGAAAGAGAUGACAUAUGAUUGGUUUGUUUUCGAACGUCUUAGACAGGACCGUCUGACAAAUUAUUUGCAUAUAGUUUUUAGCUCGACUAUUCGAAGAAUAAAGAGGGCUAUUCG